CUAUUAUUUACGCAGCCAAGGGUGGGGGUGUGCCGCCCCAGUAUAUAUACCAACUCGUGUCUUUCCUCGGCCUUAUUGUUCGUCCAUUUUUACGCACUUGUAAAGUUCUUCGUACUUUAGCUCUCGAACCCAGGUUUACUUACAAAAUGGCCAUCAAGCUCCUCCUCCUUGCAACCGUGGUCGCUGUCGCCUCCGCCCAAGUGGUCUACCCCGGCUACUCCGGCUACCCAGGCGUGCUGCCCGCCUACCACCCUCCCGGCGCCUACCCGCCAGUAGCCCCCGUAGCCCCUGUCGCCCCAGUCGCCAAGGUGGACCCGUACCACGACCCGAACCCCUCGUACAGCUUCGCCUACGAUGUGAAUGACGUCACGACGGGAGAUUCGAAGAACCAACAGGAAACUCGGCAAGGAGAUGUCGUCACUGGAAGCUACAGUCUCACCGAGCCUGACGGCAGCAGAAGGACAGUCGAGUACACGGCUGACCCGGUCAACGGAUUCAACGCUGUAGUUCAUAAAACGCCCGUCGGCGCUCCGAUCGCCCCUGUUGGCGCCCCUGUCGCCCCUGUUGCGCCCAAGGUAGUCGCUCCCGUACCUGCACUCCCUGGUUACCCUUACGCCCCCAGGUACGUUGCUCCCGCGCCUUACGCCCCAUACGCACCCUACGCCCCACCUUACUAUGGUUAGAUAACGUAGUUUGUUAAUUUUUUAGGUUAGUUUUUAAGUCUUGAUACUCACCUUCGUGUACAAAUAUAUGUGUCUUUUUGUUGAAAA